AAACAAUCGUCACAGAGUAUCCAGUUUCAACUCGGAACUAACUUAACGUUACUGUGGCUGUCAGAUUUGAGGAGCUCGCCACACAGACAUACAAGCCUGUCCUCAGUUUAGGCCUGGAUUAACUUGCAUGCAAACUUCAAGAGAUCACCGUGACUACAAAAUUUAUGAAAAAGAUUGGCCGGUUAUUCUUUAACCUGCAGAAGAUGAUGCAAAUUCCUCAGAUGCUCUCCGAGACCAUAUCAUCAAUGCCCAAGACCUUGAGCGACAAAGAGGCACCUUGUUUUUUCCGCAAACACUACAUUCACUCUGGCUACCGCGCAGUCCACCAGAAGUGGCGCUACUACUUCCUGUCGCUCUUCCAAUGGCACAACGAAUCCAUAAAUGUUUGGACGCACCUACUGGGAGCACUAGUGGUGCUUUUGAGAGCUGUCCAAUUAGCUGAGACUGUAGAUUUCAUAAAUGAUGCUCAUUCCUGGCCACUUCUUAUCCUUCUCUUGACAUCAAUGGCUUACAUGGGUUUUAGCACUGUGGCUCACCUGUUGGCAGCCAAAUCAGUGUUCCACCAUUAUGCUUUUUUUUUCCUCGAUUAUGUUGGUGUUGCGCUGUAUCAAUACGGAAGCGCAGUGGUGCACUACUACUAUGCUAUUGAGGAAAGUUGGCAUGAAAGCGUGCGAGGAUGUUUCAUGCCUAUUGCUAGCUUUUUGUGUUGUCUGUCUUGCUUCGGCUGCUGUUAUGGGACGUAUUGCAAUUACACCCAUCAUCCAUGGGUACGUAAAGUAGGCCAAAUAGUUCCUUCAGCCUUAGCAUAUGAAUGGGACACCAGUCCUGUGUUCCAUCGUUUGGUCAUCUGGUAUCCGUUCUGGGUGACAGGAGAUUUCAGAAGCAGUCCUGCUCUGCUUUUUCACUUUGGCCAGGUGGCAUUCUUUCUGUCCAGCGCGUUUUUCUUCACUCAUCCUAUUCCCCAGAGCUGGUUUCCGGGUCACUGUGACUUUUUAGGUCAGGGUCAUCAAGUAUUUCACGUUCUGAUAUUUUUAUGUACAGUCUGCCAGAUUCAAGCUUCAUAUUUGGACUACCUCAACCGCAGAGACGUCUACGUGACUCUGCAUACCAACGGAGAGGCAUCCUUCUUCGUCUUGCUGUUUAUUUUGACCCUUGUCAUGUCUACUCUAAUAGCUUUUUAUAUACUUGCAAAAGUAAAAAGAGCAGUCAGCAAUACCGAAAAGCAAAGGAAAGAGUAAUAUAUUCAGCAGUGCAAUGAUGGAUGAUCAACCUUUGGUCACUGAGUGUUACAGUUGUGGGCAUUUAGGUUUAUUUAGGACCACGUAGUCUUUAGAUAACAGUGAUUCUGCAUGUUUCUAGAUCAAUAAUCUUGUUGGUCUUGGAAUAACAUUCCUAUCAACGAUUCAGUUACAGUGUUAUGGUUAGGGAUCAGGUUAUAGCGAUAUUGUUUUACAGACAUGCUGUUAAAGCACUGAACUUUGAGCAUAUUCUUAGUAUUCAAACUGGUCAUCGUCUUUGCUAUUACUAUUCUUGAAAGUAUUUUGAAUUCAGGGCUUUUGUUUAAAGGGAUAGUUUAUUGGAAAGAGAACUUUUUUUUUUUUUUCAUUCUGUUGUAAACCUGCACUCAAAAAAGUAACCCAUUGGAGGAACUCAAUAUAAUUGAGGGCAGAAUUUCCUCAAUCCUCAAUCAGGAUCUAAUAAAUUUGUUUACCCCCAACUAAAAAUUAGUUACACAAUUAAAUGCAACUGAGUUUGUCCAACAUGAUUUCAUCACAUAAAAGUUUAAAUAAUUUGUAUUUUGAUUUAAUUUAACCUCAAAGUCUGAUAAUAUCAUGUAUGUCUAUUAUGUGUCGUACAUUUCAAAGUGUCUUAGUUUUAUUUGAAGUUAUCCUAAAUGAACUAAGAGCUAUUUCAAAGCAUAUUUCAUGAGUUACGUAUAUUGAGACUAAUCUCGGAACUAAAUUUAGGAUAGUUAUUGCUCAUUGAGCAAAGCAACAAACUGAAGUGUUUAUUAACUUUAAACACUUAGGAUUACUUUUAUUGUCAACAUUUCCCUCACUUAAUUCAAUUCCAAGCAAAGCAUGCUAGGAAUUACAAAUCCCUUAACUAGUUGGACCAACACAAUUCCUUCAUAAAACAAAUAAGACUUUCACCUGAAGAAAAAAUAUUAAAUGUUAAACAUGAUUUAUUAAAUAUUUAAAAUAAAAUGUAAAAAAAUCAAAGGGGGGCUAAUAAUUUUGGCUUCAGCAGUAUAUGGUUUUAAGAAUGUUGGUGAUCAAAUAAUUGUGGUGACCACUCAUUUUCCACAAAAGAAAGCUUUCAUAGAGUUUCAGCUUAACAUGAGGGUAAGAAAAUAAUUACAGAAAAAAAAUAAUCAUUUAUUGUCUUAUUUUUUGAGAAAUUGUCACCAGCCAGUAAACUAUAAUGCAGCCAACAUGCAGUAUUAAAAAAAGUAAUAAGAUGUAAAUUAUUAUUAUUUUCUUAACAAAAAUGAAUGACUAUACACUGUAAAUGAAUGACAACACACGGUUAAAAUUUAAGUGGAAUUAAUUUAAACUUAAGCUUAAAUUACAUUACACUGACUUAAAACAGCUUGCAUAACUUAAAUAUUUAAGUUUCUUUUGUUUAAUACUUAAUGAUUCACGUUUUGUCAUUGGACUUUGUUAGGAUCGGACUAUAUUUGGCUUAGAUAUCCACGUAUCUGAGGUAUCUUACGCUAUCUGAGGGUGCACAAAAUGCGCAAUAUUAAUUUAAAAUAAGCCUUUUUUUAAAUAUAUAUAUUUAUGGUUAGAAAUGUAAAAAUAUCUUUAUGGAAUAUUAUCUGAUAAUAUUCCAGUGAUUUUUUGCAUUAAAAAAUCUAUAAUUUGGAUUCAAACAAUGUUCAGGCUCACAUCAUUUUUAAAGUGUAGUUUUUACCAUGACUUACAAAAACAGCCACUAAUGCCAUUCGGUGUAACAAUGGUUUAAGGCAUGUUUAAAACAAGAAUUAUCUAAUGAUGUAUUAAAAUGUACCAUGUAUUAAAAGUGUAUCACUUUGAAUCUCUAAUAAUAGAAUUAAUUGUCAUUUUAAAUCAUUAUGUUUUAAGCCGGUGUUUCUCAACCACGUUCCUGGAGGACCAUCAUCACUGCAUGUUUUGUAUGUCUCCUUUGUCCGUCACACCCAUUAACAGGUCUUUGAGUCUCUAAUGAGCUGAUGAUCUGAAUCAGGUGUGUUUGGUUAAGGAGACAUGGAAAAUAUGCAGAGCUGGUGGUCCUCCAGGAACGUGGUUGAGAAACACUGUUUUAAGAAAGUAGGUUUCACAAAUAUUUAACAAAAUAAUCUCAAUAAUUUCAAAGAGAAAGACAUUCUGAAACUGUAGACACUUGCAAAUUAAUAUGAUUCUGUGUAUAUAAAAUCACUAUUAUUUGUUAUUUGAUUAUUUCUAUAGAAUAUUGAUGUACUUUUACUUGUGUCAAUUACAAAAUGUCAAUUCUAAAUUGAAGAUUUGGUAAAUGCUGAAAUGAACACAACAUUCAUCAAAUUGGUUAUCAGGCAGUGUAAAAAAUGAUAACUUAUUUAAAUUUCUGUAUCUCUGUCCUUGAACCUCAUUGAUUUGGAUCAUGCGUAUCUAUAGGAGAUAACAAACAGGAGCACAGUAUUGUGGAGAUUAUACUUUGAAUGACCAGUACACUGAUUUUCUUUAUUGCACUUAUCUGUUGUAUUAUAUUAUUGCACUUAACUAGAACAAACCAGUGCUUGUACAGUAUAAGCUUCUUUUCUUUUUCAGGAUAGUACAGGGAAAUGCAAUACAGAAACACAUUUAUGCGUUUAACAUGUCAGCAUUUCUAAUCGUUUCCAAAUAUCCUCCUUGGUGUUGCUCUGCUUAUGCUUAUGUAAAAGGGCGACACCGCAAGUGAGUUUCCCAAUUGGGAUUCUAAAUUGAAGCACUGAUAUAAUAUUAUGAGUAGUGCCUACAGCUGCAAAGAAAAGAAAACAUGAACAUACAAAUGUUUUAAAAAAUAAUUGAAUUACUGGGGAAUCCCUGCACUUUUAGAAAAGCCCAAUGUGAUAUUGUUAAAAUAAUGUAUUUCUUCACAGUUGCUUUACACAAUGUUGGGUUAGUUUACAUCAAAAAUAAAAUUCAUUGUUUUCACACA